AAAGCCCAAUCCUGACUUUUUUUAGCAAAGAAAAAGACAGAAAGAACUACGACCUUAAGAAGGCCACGUCAAGCGCAUCAGCCUGCAAAAGAGGCAUAGCCCCAACUAAAGGAGAGCUCCAAACACUGAAAGCACUCGCAUUUGCAAUCCUGACCUUUUUAUUAAACGAGUCAGGCAGGUCAAACUUUUAACGGGUCAAACCGCCUAGCCUAUUUCCACUCCCAUUUGGCGCUCCUUAGUCAUGUCUGGGCGUUUUUUCUCCGUUCUACAAUUUUUUUUAAACAAAAAGAUCCAAUUUGAUGGGAGUGAAAGAAUGUAUGAAAAGCUAAAAAAGAAUAAAAAAAAAUAUCCCGCCAGAAGCUGGUUCAAAAGGUUUCAAAGUGUGAAAACGAAAGGUCAAAAUAAUAAAAAUAAAAAUAAAAAAUGAAUUGACUCAUUCGAAAGGAAUAGACUCACUCACUCACUCACUCAACACUCCUCAUAAAAUGAGACGCAAAAACGGAAACAAAAGCGUGAUCACGUAACAAACCAAGAUAGCUUCUCUCAUAAUUCUUCUCCUUCUUCUACCAUUCUCUGUAACCGCUUCCUCACCAAUGGCCACCAUGGAGUCUCUCAUAGCCCUAGUCAACCGAAUUCAGCGAGUCUGCACCGCCCUCGGCGACCACGGCGGCGACGACUCUUCUCUGCCUACUCUCUGGGAGUCGCUUCCUUCCAUUGCCGUCGUCGGCGGCCAGAGUUCUGGAAAGUCCUCCGUGUUGGAGAGCAUCGUCGGCCGUGAUUUUCUUCCCAGGGGAUCAGGGAUUGUGACGCGGAGGCCUUUGGUACUGCAGUUGCACAAGACAGAAGAGGGAUUACAAGACUAUGCUGAAUUUCUGCACUUGCCUGAGAGACGGUUUACCGAUUUCUCUCUGGUUCGAAAGGAAAUUGAAGAUGAAACUGAUAAAAUAACUGGGACAUCAAAUCAAAUAUCCCCUGUUCCUAUUCAUCUCAGCAUCUACUCCCCAAACGUUGUCAAUCUAACAUUGAUAGAUCUGCCGGGUUUGACAAAUGUUGCUGUAGAGGGGCAGCCAGAAAGUAUUGUUCGAGACAUUGAAAACAUGAUUCGCUCAUAUGUUGAGAAGCCUAAUUGCUUAAUUUUGGCCAUUACUCCUGCAAAUCAAGAUGUUGCAACAUCAGCUGCCAUCAUGGUUUCCAGACAAGUUGACCCUGCAGGUGAAAGAACAUUUGGUGUGUUGACAAAGCUUGAUUUGAUGGACAGAGGAACAAAUGCUUUGGAUGUCCUUGAGGGAAGGGCAUUUAGACUUAAAAACCCUUGGGUGGGAAUCGUAAACCGUUCUCAGGCAGAUAUUAAUAGCAAUGUGGAUAUGAUUGCUGCUCGGCAGAGAGAGCGUGAAUUUUUUGUCAACAAUCCUGAUUACGCACAUUUGGCUAGCAGAAUGGGCUCGGAAUAUCUAGCAAAGCUUCUCUCAAAGCAUUUGGAGUCUGUGAUAAGAGCUCGAAUUCCUGGGAUCGUAUCAUUUAUUAAUAGAAACAUUGAUGAUCUUGAAGCAGAGUUGUCACGCCUUGGUAGAUCAGUUGCUGUUGAUGCUGGGGCCCAGCUGUACACUAUUCUAGAAUUAUGCCGAGCUUUUGACCGGGUAUUUAACGAGCAUUUGGAUGGAGGGCGAUCAGGUGGCGACCGGAUUUUCGCAGUUUUUUAUUACCAGCUUCCUGCUGCAUUGAGAAAGCUUCCUCUGGACCGUCAUUUGUCAUUGCCAAAUGUGAGAAAAGUUAUUUCAGAGGCAGAUGGGUACCAACCUCAUUUAAUCGCACCAGAGCAAGGUUACCGGCGCCUCCUAGAGAGCUCACUUAGUUUUUUCAAAGGUCCAGCACAAGCCUCAGUGGAUGCUGUUCACUUCGUCUUGAAGGAACUUGUGAGAAAGUCAAUUGGAGAAACGCAGGAACUGAGGCGGUUUCCAACUCUUCAAGCUGAAAUAGCAGCAGCUGCUAACGAGGCGUUAGAGAGAUUCCGCGAAGAUAGUAAGAAGACAACAUUACGACUAGUGGAAAUGGAAUCUUCUUAUAUCACCGUUGAUUUCUUCCGUAAGCUCCCUCAGGAACUCGAUAAGGGAGGAAAUCCAGCUCCCUCCUCCGCGGACCGCUACCCCGAGGGACACUUCCAGAGGAUCGGUUCAAAUGUUUUAUCUUAUAUUGGGAUGGUGUCUGACACGUUGAAGAAUACUAUUCCUAAGGCCGUGGUGUAUUGUCAAGUGAGGGAAGCUAAGCGAUCUCUACUAGACAAUUUUUACACUCAGCUGGGGAGAAAGGAGGGAAGGCAACUCGCGCAGUUGCUGGAUGAAGAUACUGUGUUGAUGGAAAGAAGACAGAAUCGUACCCAGAUGCUUGAAUUGUAUAUGUCUGCAAGGAAUGAGAUUGAUGCGGUUCAUUGGUCGCAGGAUGCGAUUAAUCCGGAGUGAACAUGAAGAGAAUUUUAGUAGGAAAAUAUUACAAUGAUAUAGCUUUAUUUGAGAGGCUAUUGGCAGCUCUGUUUAUUGGUUUUUUCUGCAUAGUGUGACGUCUGAUUCAGAUUGAGUUCACAACCAUGGUGGAAUAGGCAUUUUACUGAAAAGUUUGUUUUAGCUGAUUUCUCAAAGGCCCCAAAUGGAAAUUAUUCAUUUUUUGUUCAAUACUUUCAACAUUUGCUUCUCACUUUUUAGCUUGAAAGUAUGAAGCGAUAAAGCUACGGGAGUAAGAUUCAUGUUUGUACUUCGAUUAGAGCCGCUCCAAUUGAGAACCAAUUUUUUUGUGGAGGAAUAUAAUUUUCCUUCCAUCAUCUAGAAUUAAAUAUUUAAAUGGUUUUCUUGA